AUGAAUAUCUUCCGCCUUCUGGGUGAUUUAUCGCAUCUGAGCUCCAUUUUGAUCUUGUUGCACAAGAUCAUCACGAGCCGAUCAUGCCGAGGUAUCUCGUUCAAGACACAGAUGCUGUAUUUUAUCGUAUUCCUGACGCGGUAUAUCUACCUGUUCCAGCCCCUCAGUGCCUACCUGAUCCUGAUGAAGAUCUUCUUUAUUGGCAGCACAGGGUAUAUCCUAUAUCUCAUCAAGGUGGAAUACAAGACUCGCCAUGAAGCGGAUAUCGACUCGAUUCGUCUCGAAUGGUUGCUAGGCGGACCGGCCAUCCUCGCGCUCCUCUUCCACUACGAAUUCUCGAUCAAGGAAAUCCUGUGGGCUUACAGUAUCUUCCUUGAGGCUGUGGCCAUUUUGCCGCAAAUGUUCUUGCUACAGCGCCUCGGCGAGGCGGAGACGAUCACGACGCACUAUAUUUUUGCACUGGGUGCCUACCGUGCUCUGUACAUCCUCAAUUGGAUCUACCGUCUUAUCUUUGAGCCGAAGCACCACUUUGACUACAUUGCUUUUGUCGCCGGUCUCGUCCAGACAGGUUUGUAUGGCGACUUUUUCUACAUCUAUUUCAACCAAGUCGUCCAAGGCAAAAAAUUCGAACUUCCCGCAUAA